UUGAAGAAAGUAUGGAAGGUAUGAAAGAGUUGAUCAAGGAAGGCGUGAUCAAAGGAGUCGGCUUAAGUGAGGCGUCGGCCACGACAAUCCGAAAAGCACAUGCAGCUCAGCCAAUCACAGCAGUCCAAAUCGAGUAUUCGCUGUGGUCACGUGACGUCGAAAAGGACAUUAUUCCGACAUGUCGUGAGUUGGGAAUCGGUAUUGUCGCCUAUUCGCCUUUGGGACGCGGUUUCCUGGCGGGUAACUUCAAAAAGAGGGAUGACUUACAAGAGGGUGAUUGGCGUUUGGAUAAUCCUCGGUUUAGUCCAGAUGCCAUUGAGCAGAAUGCUAAAUUGGUCGAAAAAAUUGAAGAAUUGGCCGCUAGAAAAGGGGACGGUUGCACUGCUUCAAAGCUAGCUUUGGCUUGGGUGCUGACUCAGGGUGAUGAUAUUGUUCCAAUUCCAGGAACUUCGAAGCUGGAAAAUCUGGAGAAAAAUAUGGAGUCACUGAAAUGCGAACUAAGUCAGGAUGAGAUUAAAGAGUUAGGCGAUGUGAUUCCACCCGAGAGUGUUGUUGGUAACAGAUAUGAAGACGGUCAUCACACUUAUGACAAGAAUUAAUUCAGACAAAAAAAAAG